AUGGGUCACAUGGUUCCAGCAAGCUUAACAGAUCCAGGAAAACAUUUUUUACCCCAUCAUGCAGUUUUAAAGCCUGAUAGUGUAACUGCUCAGCUAAGGGUGGUUUUCGAUGCGUCAAGUAAAACUUCGACAUCGGUCUCAUUAAAUUCUGUUUUGGGUGUUGGUCCAAUCGUUCAGAGAGACUUAUUUUCAAUUUUGUUGAACUUUCGCAUGUAUGAGUUUGCUUUUACUGCAGACAUUGCUAAAAUGUAUAGACAGGUGUGGGUAUCUGAAGAAGACCAAAACUAUCAGCUCAUAUUAUGGAGAAACAAUUCAAAGUCUCAAAUGCAGGAAUUUAAAUUGCGUACUUUAACAUACGGAACUGCAUCGGCCCCAUUUUUGGCAACCAGAGUGCUGCAACAAAUAGGAAUGAACUGCGAAACAGAAAAUCCACUUCUUUCAAAAGUUAUUUUAAAUGACUUUUACAUGGAUGAUUUGUUAUCGGGUGUAAAUAAUAUAAGUGAAAGUAUUGAAACUUGUUCUGAGCUGUCUGAAUUACUAGGUUCACAUAGUUUUCAUCUUAGAAAAUGGAGAUCAAACGCGGAAGAAAUUUUGAAUCACAUUGAGUCUGAUUCGAGAAAUUUAGCAGAGGUUCGAAUUCUGCCAAGUAAGGAAUCAAAAGUUUUAGGACUUUAUUGGGACUCGAACUUGGAUUGCUUCACGUUUAAAAUUGUCUUUCGUGAAGAGCAUUUAGUAACAAAAAGACACAUUCUCUCAGAAUCUGCAAAGAUAUUUGAUCCAUUAGGACUUUUAUCUCCUUGUACUUCUGUUCAAGUUGCAUUGAAAGAUUUUGAAAUAGAAAUUUAUGCUUGGACUGAUUCUACAGUAGUUCUAGCGUGGUUAGCUAGCCAUCCCCGUAAAUGGAAACAGUUCGUAGCUAAUAGAACAUCUGAAAUUUUGGAAAUAAUUCCAUUCAAAAGUUGGGGCUACGUGAAAUCAAAAGAGAACCCGGCAGAUAUUGCCUCACGCGGGCUAAAUGCUAAUUUGUUAAUUGAUUGCAAUUUGUGGUGGAACGGCCCACCUUGGCUACUCAAAGAUUCAAAGGAUUGGCCUGAAGCCAUUCAGGUGCAAGAAAACAAAAACACACUAGCGGAAAAAAAGCUUAAAGUAUUAAAUUGCAAUUUAUCAGAAAACAAAGACAAUUUCUUUGAAAAACUGUUUGAUAGUUUUUCUUCUUUUUCUAAAAUAGUUGGUAUUGUAGCUUACUGUUUGAGAUUUAUUAAUAGGUGUAAGAAAAAUAACUUAAGGUUCAAUCCUGCAACUUGUAUUCCCAUAACUUCUGUUGAAAGAAAUAUGGCUAUGUUAAAAAUUGUUUUGUUUGUUCAAAGUUCAUCAUUUUCUAAGGAACUGCACUUAUUAAGAAAUAACAAAGCUAUUUCAACUAAAAGCCCACUACUCCCAUUAAAUCCUUUCAUUGAUGAAAAUGAUGCAUUACGGGUGGGCGGAAGAUUGCAAAAGUCAUUGCUGCCGUUUGAUGCAAAGCAUCCUUGGAUAUUACCUGCGGAUCACAAAAUUAGUAACCUUCUAAUUUGGCAAUAUCAUUUGAUUCACCUUCAUGCUGGACAAACACUGCUAACAAAUAUUCUCAGACAGAGAUUUUGGAUCAUCAAUUGCAAAAAACUCGUUAAGAAAAUUAUUAACAAUUGCAUUACUUGUACACGGUAUAGGCAAGCAAAAACUACUCAAAUAAUGGGAGAUCUGCCCGAAGCAAGGGUUACACCUGCGCGUCCCUUCUUAAACACGGGAAUCGACUACGCAGGUCCUAUUGUUUUGAAAUUUAAUAAAGGAAGAGGAUCAAAAACUACAAAGGGAUAUGUUGCAAUUUUUGUGUGUUUUGCAACAAAAGCCGUCCAUUUAGAAGCAGUAAGUGAUUUGUCCGCAGAUAAUUUCAUAGCAGCAUUACGAAGAUUUAGUUCCCGUCGAGGAGCACCGCGUCAUAUAUAUUGUGACAAUGGUCGAAAUUUUGUUGGAGCUGAACGGAAGCUCAACGACAUUCAGAAGUUUUUGUUAUCUGUGAAUGAAAAUGAGGACAUUGCUUUUUUCUUAUCUCAGUCCAAUAUUGAAUUUCAUUUUAAUCCACCUGCUUCUCCGCACUUUGGCGGGCUUUGGGAAGCAGCAGUUAAAUCUAUGAAAUUCCAUUUGAAUAGAGUCAUUGGCGAAACAGUAUUAACUUUUGAAGAGAUAACCACUUUAUUGACCCAAAUUGAAGCAUGCCUGAACUCCCGUCCACUAGUUGCUAUUAGCGACAGUAGCUUGGAAGUUCAAAUUCUGACGCCAUCUCAUUUUCUUAUAAGAGAUGUUCUUCUUAGUCCCCUUGAUGGUACUCCGGUAAAUAAUCUUUCUUAUUCUUCCAGAUGGAAUUUAGUGCAGUUCAUGAGAAAUGGGUUUUGGAAAUCCUGGAAAAGAGACUACUUAUCAACUCUACAGUCGCGGGUCAAGUGGCGUAUGCCACAGCCAAAUGUAAGAGAAGGGAAUAUAGUUCUUCUUAAGGACAGUGGUCCCCCUGGAUCUUGGACAGUGGGACGAGUUGUAGCUGUACAUCCUGGAGCUGAUUUUAAGACACGCGUGGUGGACAUUAAAACGAACUGUGGACUGUUCAGGCGAUCCAUCUCGAAACUAGUACUGUUACCAGUUGACUGUCAAGAAUGA